AUGUCAUUUUUGAAACAGUUCACGCCAUCUACUGGGGAACACAAACGCUACGCAAAAUCGAUAAAGCUCAUGAAGACGAAUAGACCCGGCUUGCACCAACGCAACACAGAUCUCGUGCAGGAGCACACGCUUUUGGUACGGACACAAGAGUUCAACUUUAAAGGCCCAGUCGAUGUAAAUCAAGAUAACCAAUACAUAAAUAAGCUGGGCCACUAUGUCCCUAGAAGAACGCACAUAGCCGCGCAGACGGUAAACACAAUAGAACUUAGGAAAAACCGUAACGAACUGACACAAAGAAAUCGUUAUACAGAACAGCAGAUGCAAGCAUGA